CCUAUGGUGUCCAGCCAACGGCGCGCCAUGGGCAACGGUUCGAUCAAAACCCCGCGACUGGAGGAGAGCUGCAUGGCCUCCAGCCUGAAGGAACCGGCGGCCUGGGAGGCAGAGGCGGCAGCGGAGCCCCUGAAAGCUCGCGUGGCGCGCCUGGAGGAUGAGCUGAGCCAGCGGGAGGAGCAGCUGCGGGCGCGGGAGCAGGAGCUGCGCGCCCUGCGGAAGGAGCUCGCCGCCAAGGUGUCGCAGAUCGACAAGCUCCAGGACGCCAUCGGCUACAACAGCCUGGGCCGGUCGCCGCCGGCCCCGCUGCGGCCCAGCCGCCGGCUGCUGAGCGUCAUCAACCAGGGCCCCAGCCGCUUCCACCGCGUGGCCGUGGAGGUGCACCGCCGGCUCAAGGCCAAGGAGGGCGUGUCCGCCGAGCCCACCUCCGCCCGCUACUGCGGCGGGUUCAAGGCCCAGCACCUGUCCUUCGAGCGGGCGCGCGUCCGCAAGGACUCCAGCACCAAAAAGCUGAUCAACGAUGCCAUCAUGAACAACGACUUCCUGAAGAAGCUGGAGCCCCAGCACAUGCGGGAGAUGGUGGACUGCAUGUACGAGAAGAUCUACACCGAGGACCAGCUGGUCAUCCAGGAAGGGGAGCCGGGGAACCACCUCUACGUGCUGGCAGAUGGCUUGCUGGAAGUCAUACAGAAUGGCAAGUUACUUGGGCAGAUGCGUACGGGGACAGCAUUUGGGGAGUUGGCCAUACUGUACAACUGCAAGAGGACCGCCUCAGUCAAAGCCGUUUACCAGUCCCACAUCUGGGCCCUGGACCGACAGAUGUUUCAGAGCAUCAUGAUGAGGUCCACACAGGCCCGAAAUGAAGAAUACUUCAGCUUCCUGCGCAGUGUAUCUCUACUAAAAGACUUGCCAGAGGAGAAGCUUGCAAAGAUUGUUGACUGUCUGGAAGUGGACUACUUUGAUGAAGGGGAAUACAUCAUCCGCGAGGGAGAAGAAGGGAACACAUUCUUCAUUAUAGCCAAAGGACAGGUGUCUGUCACGCAAACCACAGAGGGCUGCCUGGAGCCUCAGGAGAUAAAGACUCUGGGCGUAGGGGACUACUUUGGGGAGAAAGCGCUCAUCAGCGAGGAUGUCCGCUCGGCAAACAUCAUCUCCAAGGAGAACGACACACAGUGCCUAGUGGUGGACAGAGACAACUUCAACCAGAUGGUGGGGACGUACGAGGAGCUGCAGGCCUACCUGAGGGAGUACGUGGAGCAGCUCUCCCGCGGCGACGAGCAGAGGAACGCCAUGCCCCAGUCCCCGCAGGUGGACACCUCUCCUGAGGGCCGGGAGCUCCACAGGCUGCGGGAGAAGGUAUGCCACCUGCCGGCCGGCUCGCCGUUCCAGGAGCUGCAGGUGGUGGCCACCCUGGGCAUGGGAGGCUUUGGCCGGGUGGAGCUGGUGAAACUGAAGGACGAGGACACGACAUUUGCCUUGAAGUGCAUCAAGAAGAAGCACAUAGUGGAGACCAGACAGCAGGAGCACAUCUACUCUGAGAAGAACAUCCUGCAGCAGACUAAUUCGCACUUCAUCAUCAGGUUAUUCCGGACGUUCCGGGACGCCCGGUACGUGUACAUGCUGCUGGAGGCCUGCCUCGGGGGGGAGCUGUGGAGCACGCUCAGGGACAUGAGUUUCUUUGAGGAGUCCGUCGCUCGGUUCUGCAUCGGCUGUGUCCUGGAGGCCUUCGACUACCUGCACGGACGGGGGGUGGUGUACCGUGACCUCAAGCCAGAGAACCUGCUACUGGACAGUCACGGCUACGUGAAAAUGGCGGAUUUCGGCUUCGCCAAGAAGAUCGGCCUGGGGAAGAAAACCUGGACCUUCUGCGGCACGCCCGAGUACGUGGCCCCUGAGGUGAUCAUGAACAAGGGCCACGACUUUGGGGCCGACUGCUGGUCCCUGGGGAUCCUCAUCUUUGAGCUGCUCACGGGCAGCCCCCCUUUCUCUGGAUCAGACCCCAUUAAAAUCUACACCACGGUGCUACACGGGAUUGAGAAAGUUGACUUUCCCAAGCGCAUCAGCAAGCGACCGGAGGACCUUAUCAGAAGACUGUGCAAGCUCAACCCAGCAGAGAGGCUGGGGAACAAGAAGAACGGGAUCAUCGACAUCAAGAAGCACAAGUGGUUCCAGGGAUUCAACUGGGAAGGACUGAGACGCCAGAAGCUGACAUCCCCUCUAAAGAGAGAGCUGAAGGGCCCAUUGGACCACAGCCAUUUUGAUAUAUUCCCCCCUGAAGCAGAGGAACCCCCAGAUGAACUGUCUGGCUGGGAUAAGGACUUCUGAGACCCCUGGACACACACAUACAGUCCGACCCCAAGAAGGAGCUUUUACCUUCCAAUCCAGCACUUCUCUCAGCAACAUCUCAUUGGAUGAGGACAACUAUCAACCAACAUGGAUGAGCCAAUGAGAGACCUAAACUGUGUCUGGGAGGUCAACACACAAGGAUUUGAGAAGACGUCUUUUCAUAAGGCAGAUACUGACCUUUCGUUCGGAGCAGAAGUGGGAGUGAUGGGGAACAGGGUAACAGAAUAUCACUCCAAGCACCACAGUGACAGGGACGACCCUCUUAGUGAAAGCUUUCACACAAUAUGUUUGUAUCAAAAUACCUAGCCUCAGGACACAGAGGGUAAGUAUUAAUCUGUAUCGGCAUGGUUACUGCAUUAAUCUGUAUCGGCAUAGUUACUGCAGCAUAGUUACCGCAUUAAUCUGUAUCGGCAUAGUUACUGCAGCAUAGUUACCGCAUUAAUCUGUAUCGGCGUAGUUACUGCAGCAUAGUUACCACAUUAAUCUGUAUCGGCAUAGUAACCGCAUGAAUCUGUAUCAGCACAGUUACUGCAGCAUAGUUACCGCAUCCCUGAAUCUCAGGCCCUGCAUCAGCAGCAUCGGAACAUUUCUGCAUCCGUGUCGUUUGUCAUUUCAUAUGGUCUCAGCUCUGUAACUCUGACGCAAAUGCAUCUAUAACUGCAUCCAGAUCAAAAAAGAGAGUUCUUCCUCAAAUGCAUUUGUAUUCUUUAACAUAUGGGCACACAUUUAUAUGUGCACAGAAGUCAUUGACUUCUUUAGCAUAUGUGUGGCCCAGAACCCGCCACUGGCACUUAUUGGUGUUCAUAUUUUUUUAAUGUUAUAUUAUUGCAAUGGCUUUAUUUCCUUGUUGGCAUAAUUCCUUGAAUUCAGUGAAUAUUUUAUUCUUGGAUGCAGGCGUACAUGUGCAUAUGCUUCAUGUUUAGCAAUAUAGUGUGACUAUUUUUUGUAACAAUCAAAGCUAGCUGUCAUAUAUCUGUUAAUCUAUGUUCAAAGCUGAAUCUGAACCUCUGGUUGAUUUUAAAUUUGGCAUAUUACCUGUUUAUUAUGCGGACUGAUCUUCUUAUCCAGACCUGGAACACUUGGCUCUUCAGAAACCACUACCAUGUACAGCAGUUUUAAUAAUUAAUUAGAUGUGCAUAAUAGAAAUUUCAGGCUUUUCAGUAAGAUCAAUUUUGGACUUUUCUACAUGUAGUAGGGAAUGCACUGAACGGCUAAUCAUUAUCUGGGUACUCUCUAGACUGCAGGAAAAAGGACAACCCAUGGUGGACUGAAUAGCAUGCUCAGGUUAUCAUGCUCUCUUGUGUUCUCAUGUACAACGUGUGAGCUCCAGCACUCACCCCAAUGCACCAAAACAGUACGUGUUACAGAUUCAAACAAAUCAAAACCACUUACCAACCACUUCUGGAGCCUAACCCUUUUUUCUCCUAUUCCCCCGGAUGAUCAAAAUUAUAAGGAAGUGGAUUGGGAUCUGGGUAAUGGGACUUCUAGACCAUGGAAUCUAAUCCUGAAUAAUACUUUAUUAAUAAUAAACGCUCUUGCACGUUCUCAUCUCAAUGGAAGAUUUUCAGUGGCCUUACAAUCUCAACUUGGCCUUUUGAACUGUCAUUGAAUUCCCUUAAACGCCUAUACUGAUUGGUUUACACUGAAUUUACAUGAGAAAGGAACAAUAUUAUGAUACAGUGUUAAGGUACUGGAGAAAUUCUCCAAAUUACUGUAGCAUUAGGCCGUGCUUUUGUAAAUAUGAGAUGUUCAUCAACAUCAUGUCUUUAAUUGUUAAUAUUUUGUAUUUAUAAUAAAAGAACCAAAGCUUUUACUAA